AUGGGGUUCCAAAACUUGGCUUUUUUAAUUUUUAUUGUGACAAUAUUGAAUGUACUACUUGUUGGUCAAUAUGUGAGUUGCAAGCGUGUUAAUGGUAAUCAUCAUCGUUAUCAUCGUCAACAUACCUCACACGCUCACUUAAUUAAUAGUAAAACACUUUAUGAAAGUGGUUUCGCUCAACGAAAUGGAACUCAUUUCGUUAUGAACGGGAAACCAUUGUACUUAAACGGUUUCAAUUCAUAUUUUUUAAUGAACGUAGCAUCAGAUCCAUCUACAAUGUCCAAAGUUACUACAACUUUUCAACAAGCCUCUCAAAAUGGUUUGAACUUAGCAAGAACAUGGGCCUUUAAUGAUGGAGGUUAUAAAGCCCUUCAAACUUCACCUGGUUCUUAUGAUGAGGAUGUAUUUAAGGGAUUGGAUUUUGUGAUAUCAGAAGCAGGGAAAAAUGGAGUGCAACUCAUACUAAGCUUGGUGAAUAAUUGGAAUGAUUAUGGGGGGAAAAGUCAAUAUGUGCAAUGGGCCAAAGAGAGGGGUCAAUCAGUGAACAAUGAUGAUGAUUUCUUCUUGCACCCAGUUGUUAAACAAUAUUACAAAAAUCAUGUUGCGGCUGUUUUGACUAGAAAUAAUACUAUUACUGGAUUGGCUUAUAAGGAUGAUCCAACCAUUUUUGCAUGGGAGCUUAUGAAUGAACCUCGUUGUCAAAGUGACUCUUCCGACACAUCAAUUCAGAGUUGGGUGAGUGAAAUGGCUCCCUAUGUGAAGUCUAUUGAUAGCAACCAUUUACUAGAAAUUGGUCUUGAAGGAUUUUAUGGUCAAACAAUGAUAGAAAAGAAUCCUGGUUAUCAAGUUGGAACAGAUUUCAUUUCCAAUAAUCAAGUUGCUGAAAUCGAUUUCGCCACCAUUCAUCUCUACCCCGAAUCAUGGGUAUCAAGCACAGAUGAAACAGCUCAAGAUGCAUUUGUUGACAAGUGGGUACAAAUCCAUAUUGAAGAUUCAAAUAACAUUUUAAAUAAACCAAUUCUUAUUACUGAAUUUGGAAAGUCUUCAAAAUAUUCUGGAUAUAACGUGGAAAAGAGGAAUAGUUACUUUGAAAAGCUAUACAAUUUCGUGUACAAUAGUGCAAGCAAUGGAGGCCCAUGUGCUGGUGGGCUUUUCUGGCAGUUUAUGGCCCAAGGAUUGGAUAGUUUCCGUGAUGGCUAUGAAGUCAUACUUGAAGAGAACCCUUCAACUGCUACGGUUAUUAGUCAACAAUCUACAAAAAUGUCAAAUCUUAAAUAA